AUGACUCCGGCACGAGAUAUCCAGGGCGGUCAGCCCGCGGCGCAGAGAAGCGUCUCCCUCAGCUGGGGCAAUAACUUGUCAACCUCACCGACCGCCACCUUCCACUCCCCCCCCGGCAGCUGGGGCGGCAACCUGGCCCAGCGCGGGGCUCCCAAGCAGCUCAAGCCCUUCAACACCCAGGACAUCAAGAUCCUGCUGCUAGAGAACGUCAACAAGACGGGACAAGAGACUCUGAAGGAGCAGGGCUAUCAGGUGGAGGCUCUCAAGACGUCCCUCCCCGAGGACCAGCUGAUCGAGAAGAUCCGCGAUGUCCACGUCAUCGGCAUCCGCUCGAAGACGAAGCUCACCGAGAAGGUGCUGCGCGAAGCCAAGAACCUGCUCGUCGUCGGCUGCUUCUGCAUCGGUACCAACCAAGUCGAUCUCGACUAUGCUGCCCGCCAUGGCAUCGCCGUCUUCAACUCCCCGUUUGCCAACUCGCGCAGUGUCGCCGAGCUCGUCAUCGCUGAAAUCAUCACGCUGGCCCGCCAGCUUGGCGACCGCUCCAACGAGAUGCACCGCGGCACCUGGAAUAAAGUCAGCGCCAAGUGCUGGGAGAUCCGUGGAAAGACGCUUGGCAUCGUCGGCUACGGGCACAUCGGCUCCCAGCUCUCUGUCCUCGCCGAGGCGAUGGGCAUGAACGUAAUUUAUUACGAUGUCGUCACCCUAAUGGCCUUGGGCACCUCGCGCCAGGUCCCGACGCUUGAGGCUCUGCUCGAGGAGGCCGACUUCGUCACCCUCCACGUUCCUGAUCUCCCAGAAACCCGCGGCAUGAUCUCCACUGCCCAGCUCGACGGCAUGAAGAACGGCUCCUACCUCAUCAACGCCAGUCGCGGGAGCGUCGUCGACAUCCCGGCCCUCAUCCAGGCCAUGCGCUCGGGCAAGAUUGCUGGUGCGGCUCUCGAUGUAUACCCCCACGAACCUGCCGCCAACGGUGACUAUUUCAACAACAACCUGAACCAAUGGGGAGAGGACCUUCGCAGCCUCAACAACAUCAUCCUUACACCUCAUAUCGGCGGCAGCACCGAGGAGGCUCAGCGCGCCAUUGGCAUCGAGGUCGCCGACGCGCUUGUGCGAUACAUUAACCAGGGAAUCACGCUGGGCAGCGUCAACCUACCCGAGGCCCAGCUGCGGUCUCUUACGCUCGACGAGCCAGACCACGCACGGGUGAUCUACAUUCAUCGCAACGUUCCAGGUGUCCUCCGGAAAGUGAACGAGAUUCUUGGAGAUCACAACGUCGACAAGCAAAUCAGCGACAGCAGAGGCGACGUUGCCUACCUGAUGGCAGACAUCAGCAAUGUGCAAUUCAGCGAGAUCAAGGACAUUUCAGACAGCUUGGAGGCACUCAGCUCUUGCAUCAUGACGCGCGUGCUGUAUUAG